AUGAUGCGACCUCUCUGCCUCUGGACGGUUGCCAUGUUGGCUGCGUCUGCUACGGCGUUUAUCCCGCACACUGCCUUUCGUCCCAGUAGCCCUGUGGCGACAAGGAGGUGUAGCAGGGCUGUAAGCCGUGGCACGGGAGUGAGCAUGAUGUCUGGACGCCGGCCUUUCAUCGCGGGUAACUGGAAAGAGAACCCUGAUACUUUGGAAGCCGCGAUUGACCUGGCCAAAGCGGUAUCCACCGCCUCCUCCUCCGCCAGCAAUGUAGACGUGGCGGUCGUGGUGCCCUUCCCCUUCCUGGUGCCGGUCAAGGAGACCCUCAAAGGCAGCAACGUGUUGAUCGGCGCGCAAGACCUGUACACCGAGGACAAGGGGGCCUACACGGGCGCCACUUCCCUGCCCAUGAUCAAGUCCGUGGGGGCCCAGUGGGUCCUUUGCGGGCACUCGGAGCGCCGGGCACUCUUCGGCGACACGGACGAAACCGUCAAUGCCAAGCUCAAGAAGGUGCUGGCUGCGGGCUUGAAGGUGACGGAGGGAGGGAGGGAGGGAGGGAGGGAGGGAGCGAGGGGUGGAGAACAUAGAGCCGGACAUGUGUCUUUCAGUGGAGCGAAU